AUGACGGCGCGCGUCGAGCAGGAAGCCAUGACGCUGCUCGUCAAGUACCGGCAGCACGAAGCGGCGACGCUGCUGUACGAAAACCUCCAAGACAUGACGGCGGCGUCACCGCUCGUCAAGCCGACGCGGCGCACCAUGUCCUUUCUUCUGGGCAUGCUUAGCUUCCAGCACGCGCACGCGGACGUCGAGGCGGCCAUGGACUUUGCGCUCGGCCACGGUGUGUACCCGACCGAGUCCAUGAACGCGUCGUACUUGAAGGCGCUGAUCUCGACCAAGCAGCUCGAGAAAGCGGCGGCGUUCUGGCGGCAGCUCAGCGACGCCAACGGUCCGCGCAACACGAGUGGGUACCGCCAAGCCCUCUACCUUUUUCAGACGCUCAAGAGCUUCAAGGACAUGAAGCGAAUCGCAGACGACAUUGAACUCCACGGUAUCAAGCUCCGCGAACUCGACUACCAGAACCUCAUGCUGGGCCUCGCCGCGGGCUUCCAGAACGACCAGGAAGACAGCGCCGACGGCGUCGAGUACGCCGAGACCGUCUUGACCCUCUUUGACAACAUGCAGCGCUUUGACGGCAUUUCGCCGUCGCUCGUGCCCAUCUACGCGGUCGCGAUGGACGCCCGCAACUACCUCGGCGAGUUUGACGAAGCGCUCGCCGUCCACGCGCAGUGCCAAGCCCUUGCCACGGACGGAAGCAGCGCCCUUUCGCGGCCCUUGGUGCAAACGUACAUUGGUCUGCACCAAUCGGAUCGCAUUUUGCCGCUCAUCGUGUCGUCGCUUGCGGAGAAGAAGGUGGCGAACGCCAGCGCGAUGGCCGCCAAGCUCAUGGUCGAGAUGGCCAAGCAGGACCAGGUGCCCGCGCUCCUCGAGUUUCUCGAAGCCUGCCCUGUCUUUCCCGUGACCUUUUACAGCGACGAGGACGCCAAGCGCGUGCUGCACACGCUCGCGCGCUCGACGCACGUGAGCCAAGUCGAGCUCUGGUCGCUCCUUGAGCCCCGCUUGCCGCUGCUCAACCUCACGACGCCGUUCUGGUGGUGGCAGCUCGUAAACUUUGUGGACAACGCGCGUCGGUGGCGCCUCUUGCAGCUCAUGCUGGAGGCGCCGACGGCUGUCACGUCGCCGGCCAAGCUCGAGAACAUCCUCAAGGGCUGCGUGCGCCGGGCGUUGAAGAACAAGGUCCCCGAGUCCGCCGCCGACGAAGAAGACGAGGACGCAGUCGACGCGUGGGCCUUUGUCGUCUACCUCGGCGAGCGCCUUGGCUCGAAGAAGACGUUUGUAUUGCAGCACCUCGUGACCGCAUACGCCGAGACGAACCAGCACGCCAAGGCGAUCGAGACCUUCCGCGAGUUUCACCGCAAGUGUGUGCAGGGCGACCAGAUCGUCACGAGCCCGUGGCCGUACGUCAGCGCCAAGCGGUCGCUCCUUGCGCUCGGGUACGAGGCCGAAGCGAAGCAGGUCGACACGAUCCUUGCGCUCCAGCACAAGGCCAUCCACACGGCGUCGUCUUUUGAGUUUGAGUUUCUGAAAUGGGACAUCUGGAUUGGCCUGGAGCUCCACCCGGCGCAGCUGUACCGGAACCACGCGGGCGGCGCGCUGUCAGUCGCCGACUGCUUGCGCCAGCGCUUCCUCGACAACGACGUCGAUGGCAUGCGCGAGAUGCUGGACGCGCUGACCGAGACGACGACGCUGUGCUGCGUGAACCCGACGUCGCCGCUGCUCACACUGCUGCGGGACACAUUGGCCAACGUACCGAGACCGGGCGUCGUCCUCAGCAUUGGCAGUGGCUCUGGCCUGCUAGAGUUCUUAUUGGAGCUGCAUCUGGGCGAGAAUGGCCUUGACGUCCAUGGCCUCGAUAUCGCGCCCGUAAACGUCUUCCUGCCCUUCUUCGACGUCGUCAAGGCAGGCGAGCGGCCGUCGACGGUCGACAACACGGUCGCGCUCCUCGCCGUGUACCUUCGGCGGCCGUCGCUCUUAGCAACGUACUUGAGAUGGUUUCCAAAGGUGACCAAAGUGAUUCUGAUCGGCCCCAAGAACGAAGACCCGCUCGCCGAGACCGCCACCGCCGACGCGGUCAAGGCGUGGGGCACGUGCGAGGAGUUGAUCACCGACCAUGUCGCCCUUGCGCGCUGGGAUAUGUACCAAGUGUGGACCAAGAAGCCUUGAUCUGUCCAGUCGUCGCCACCCAAGCGCUCAUCGUAUCCAGUUUUUCUGAGGUGACGGACCCUACCCCGGGAGGCAGGCCGA